AUGCUCAAUCUGAGCGACUCGCAGUUGAUGCAUGUCAUCGACUCGGCGACUGCAAGAAACGCGUGGGAGAGCUUGGCGCAAUUUCAUCACAAUCAAGACUUGUCGAAUCGACUUUGGCUAAGGGAGAAGUUCUCCUCGUUCAAGUGUGCAGCAUCAACCAUGAGCGGUCAUGUGAUGGAGCUGGAAGACCUCGUGAUGAAGAUGAGGCGCGCAAACUGCGGUACAAGUGAAGAGGACGUGUGCACGGUACUGUUGCGAACUCUGUCUUCAAGCUUCUUGAGCUCGGUACAGGCAUUUUGCAUGUCCGUCGCGAGAUUUAGUUUCAGUGACCUCGUGUACAAUUUGAUCGCCAAAGAAGUGCGCCAGAAGGAGGCUGCGCAGGUAGAAGAUUUAACGUCUCUACACAGGAAAUGA